AUGCACAAGACAAGGCAGCUGGUUGUCGACUUCGAGUCAGAGAGCUGGGGCAUCUGUGCUCGCCUUCGAGAGCGAGACGCCUUCGCCGUCCCCAUCCGCGUCAGCCGCGUCAAGGCUGACUCCGAGGCUCAUGCCAAGGGCGUGCAGGAGGGAGACUGCAUCGUCAAGCUCGAGUACGACGACACCGUAGAGUACGUCCGUCACGACGGCAGACACCCCAAGCUGCUCGCGGGGGGCAGCUGUAGGGUCACCCUCGCCCGCGUCCUGCGAGACGCGUGCAGGUCGUGCGGGGCUAGCGACAUGCAGGUCAUCGAGCGAGACGCGAUCGUCGUCUGCACGCAUUGCGGCGUCGUCCAUCGCUCGUCUCCCUACCAGUUCGUCUUGGUAGAGGGGCCCAAGAGCCCGACGUGCGCCGGGGGCAGCAGCGGCCCAGCUGCUGGCUCCAAGAGACCCGUCGAUGGCGACGACGCCCGCGCCGGCUGCAGUAAGAGGGCUAAGCUCGGCGCCGCUGACGUCCCAGACCCCUACAUGGCCGAGCUCAGAGGCCUGAUCAGCGAGCUCGGCGAGAAGCUCGAGGUCACCCAGCAGGUCCGGCAGGAGGCCUUGGGGAUCGCAGCCCGCAUGCCUCGCAACAAGAGCAGGCUGGUUGUGUACGUGUCUGCAGCUCUGUUUCUGGCCUGCAAGGAGCUCGGCCAGUCUCGCACGAUGCGGGAGGUCUGUCAGGCGACGGGGGCGGCCUUCUACAAAGUCUCGAGAUGCGCCAUGAAGCGGAACCAGGGCACGAGGCCGCAGGCCUACGACCAGCUGCUCGAUCGCUUCCUAGGGAGGCUCGACCUCCCGCAGAGCUAUGCUGCAGACGCCGUCAGGCUGCAGUCAGGCAGCCACAUCCAGGGCGCUCCCGCUACUGUAGCCGCCGAGCUGAUCUACAAGGUGUGGGCAGGGAGAGCGGGGGGGAAGGCGGACUUGAGGAAGGUGGCAGAGGCGUGCGGGGUCGGGGCGUCGUAUCUGCAGGGGAGGAUCAAGGCGAGGGACUGUCAGCGAGAGUCCAAGCCAGCGGUGACGGUGGGAGGGAGAAGAUGA